AAUCAUCAAAUUUGAUUCCUCAAACUAGCAGUUGUGCAUGGAUUUGAAGGAGAGAUUUUAAAUCUUCGCAUGAAUCGUAAAAGUUGCUUGUAAUUAUGGUUAAUUCUUGGGUUCUUUAAGCUUAUGGAGGGAAAGUUGUAAGGCCGAGUGACCUCAUGUUUUAUCAUAGUAGACUUGGAGCUUGGCUUGGCUCGGCUCUUGGACAAGGCCCCUCGCUUUUGCAUACAUUUGAAGGCUAAUUAAAACCAAAGGGCGGAUUUAUUUCCCUCUUCCUUCUUCGCAAUGACUAUCUUAAUCAAAAGGGUAGUCUCUCGAUUCUUGGCAGCGCUGCCUCAUUCGAAAUCCAAGUGGCAGAAACUAUGUUUUAACUGGUAAAACCCCAUUCGAAAUCCAAGUGUGCGAUCAGUGCAAGUCUGGUGAAAUUAAAAAACUUGAUGAUGCAUUAAGUUACUUUAACAUAUUAGUUUACAUGAACCCUGUUCCGUGUAUUGAAACAUUCAAUCAUCUAUUAACUUCAGUCUCCAGAAUAAGAUGUUAUCCUCGAGUGUUCCCGCUGUAUCAGCGGAUGAAGUUGGCUGGAAUCCAACCGGAUAUUUAUACGUUUACCAUUUUGAUAAAUUGUUGUUGUCACUUAAGACAGGUGGAUUAUGGGUUCUGUUUGGUUUCGGAGAUUUUGAAGAAGGGUUUUCAUCCUAACGUCAUAACCUUCACUUCUCUGAUCAGAGGACUGUUUCUGCAAGGGAGAUUCCGUCCUGCCAUUCAACUGUUCGAUAAAAUGAUCGAAAGUGGGGUUCAACCUACUGCAGUCACAUGUGGAACUGUCAUCACUGGGCUAUGUAGAGUGAGUGAAGUAGGCCGUGCUCAUGGAAUUGCAGGCCGAAUGGUAUUUCCUAUGGGGUGAUCAUAGACACUUUAUGCAGAACAGGGUCGGUGGACGAGGCAUUCAAUCUCUUCUUGCAAAUGACAAUUGAACGGAAAAUUAUCCCAGAUGUUGUGGUUUGUAGUUCUUUGAUUAAUGGACUUUGCAGUUCUGACCGCUUAACUGAGGCUAUACACUCUUUGAUGACAUAUCUAGUCGAGGAAUUUCUGCCAAUGCAUCACUUAUAAUUCUCUGAUCCAUGCUUUUAGCCAACGUGGGCGUUGGAAGGAAGUGAAGAGAUGUUUUGAUGAAAUGGUGGACAAAGGGAUCUCUCGCACUGUAGUUACUUACAAUAUAUUAAUAGAUUCACUGUGCAAGCAAGGGAGGAUGGAGGAAGCUGGUGGGUUGUUUGAGGAGAUGAUCAACUCGGGGAAAAAACCUAAUGUGUUGACUUAUAACUCGAUGAUAGAAGGUAUGUGUCUGGCAGGUAGGCUAGAGGAAGCACAGAGAUUGUUUGAUUCGAUGGCGGGAAGAGGCCUGAAACAUGAUGAGUACAGUUUCGACGUAGUGAUUAAUGGGUACUGCAAGAACUUUAGGCCGGAUGAUGCUCUGCAACUCUUCGAGAAAAUGAAACAGAAGGGGUUCAAAAGAACACAGGUUACUUACAAUACGCUACUGGACGGACUAUACCGAGCUGGGAGAGUUAGUAUUGCGCAGAGCUUGUUUGAGGAGAUGCAGUCUCUUGGUGUCUCUCCAAAUAUAGUUACAUAUGAUGCCAUGUUGGAUGGACUUUGGAUGAACCGACGUAUUAAUGAAGCAAUGGAGUUAUUUCAGUCUAUGCAAGGCAAAGGAUUAGCUCCUAACGUCAUAACAUACAACAUAAUGAUCAAUGGCAUGUGCAAGGAAGGUAUGUUAUUUGAGGCCGGACAAUUGCUGUUUGAAAUGGAAAAUAACGGUUGCAUACAGGAUGCUAUCACAUAUGCAACCAUGAUUAAGGGUUUUAUCGAAGGACAAUAUGUUGAGAAAGCUGCAGAGCUUGUUCAAAAAAUGCGCAAAAAUUCACCAAGCAAGGCCACUAUUUCGCUCUUAGCUAAUUCUCUAACUGUGGAUCAGCUCAAAAGGUUAGAAUUUGUUAAACCUAGAUGUAAUAAAGGGGAGUUUUGGCCUGAUUGACUAGUCACAAAAUGCUUUUGUUAUCUGGAACAGCUGCUAGGAUUCUUG